AUGAAUCCUCAGGCAGACGCAGAAGCAUACUAUUUGAGUCCUCCAUGCCCUCAAACCCAGGAAUGCCCUCUUAUUCGUGAUACCGCUCGGAGUACAUCCGGCCUCCAAUGCAUUGUGCAUGCCAAAAUGCCUCAUCCAUCGCCUCUUCUUCGACAGUGUACAAAAUCAGCUCCUGCUCCUGUAAAAUCUAUCCUCACUCGACAUGACUCAGGAAUAUCCCUUGCAACAACAACAAAGACAUCUCUCAGGAAAAAGUGGUCUGCACCGUCAGUGAAGUUUGUUGAAGCACCAACGGUGUAUCAUAGCCAUCAUGCCUAUUCACCAAUUCCUUCACCUCCUCAUUCCCCCUUGGCAACUCCGUCAGGUCAGCGCAAAAGCAAACCAAGCCGAUGCUUCGACAGCUCCUUCACCAGCUCCCCCAUAGCUACACCUUCACCUGCACUCGAUGCAGCUUUGCCAACUCCUUCCCUAACUGCACCUUCACCUGCACCCGAUGCAGCUUCACCAGCUUCUUCCCUAGCUGCACCUUCACCUGCACCUGAUGCAGCUUCACCAGCUCCUUCCUAA